ACAACCACAUAAGUAUCUUUUUAUACCACGCACGGCUUCUCGUAGUUAAUUUUUCAGGCCUUCCCCCACUAAUGUUUACAACCUGCUUUCUCAUUGGUCUUUGGUAGCAAAAAAGAGAGAGUGAAUCGGGAGACCUGACCAUCAGCCAUGGAAGCGCAAGAAGCAGUAGUUAUCGUAGUAGGAGCAGGAACAACUGGCAUUGCCACCGCCGCAUGCCUCAAAAACCUUUCAAUCCCAUACAUAAUUCUGGAGAGAGAAGAUUGUUUCGCUUCAUUGUGGAAGAAAUAUUCAUACGACCGCCUUCAUCUUCACUUGGCAAAGCAAUACUGUGAGCUACCUCUCAUGCCAUUUCCGACUAUUUUUCCUAGAUACGUUUCAAGGACGGAGUUUAUACAAUUCUUGGAUGAUUAUGUUUCUCAUUUUCAGAUCAGUCCUUUGUACGGAAGAUUCGUCGAAUCCGCCGUUUACGCGGAAGAUUCCAAGAAAUGGUGCGUUCAGGCGAGGAAUUUGAGUUCCGAUGAGAAAGAGGAAUAUUCCGGUAGGUAUUUAGUAGUGGCUACUGGAGAAACGAGCGAUCCAUUCAUCCCGGAGGUUGAAGGUUUGAAUACUUUCACCGGGGAAGUCAUUCACUCGACUGGAUAUAAAAAUGGAGAGAAGUACCGUAAUAGAAGCGUUUUGGUUGUUGGAUCCGGAAAUUCUGGUAUGGAAAUUGCACUUGACCUAGCUAACUAUGGAGCCAAGACUUCCAUCGUUGUACGAAGCCCGCUUCACGUUAUCUCAAGGGGAAUGAUGUACAUGGCAUCAAUUUUACUGAGGUAUAUUCCCUACAAGAUGGUGGAGUCUUUGUUGGUGUUGCUUAGCAGGCUAGUGUAUGGGGACCUCAGCAAGUAUGGGAUUGAGAGGCCCCAAGAGGGACCCCUCACAAUGAAAGUAAAGUAUGCCAAGUAUCCAGUUAUUGACUUGGGAACCACAAAGAAAAUAAAGUCCGGUCAGAUUCAGGUCUUGCCGGCAAUAGCCAACGUAUCAAGCAAUGUUGUGGUCUUUGUAAACGGCAAAUCACAUCCAUUUGAUACUAUUAUUUUCGCUACCGGAUUCAAAAGAUCAACACACAAGUGGCUUAAGGGCGGCGAUUAUCUUCUGGGUGACGAUGGGAUUGCAAAGCAGAGCUUUCCAAACCACUGGAAGGGAGAGAAGGGACUGUACUGUGCUGGACUGUCGAGGAGAGGAUUUUAUGGAGCUGCCAUUGAUGCUCAAAACAUAGCCAAGGAUAUCAAGAUGUUGCUGUAAGAGUGUCCUCGUAGCCCAAUAAUUAUAUCAGGUGUGUCCGUCCAUACAUGUUUAUACUUUACGUAGCUGUACACAACAGUGUUAAGAGUGUACCAAACUAAAUUUACUUUUAUGUACUCCAUAUGGAAGAGUGUGUGUCCUCCUAGCUUGUGGUCUGGUUUAUGGCUAAAGAGGCCUAAGUUCCUCGACCAACAAUAAUUUUGUUACAUAUCAGUUGAUUGCAGAACGAGUUUUUUUUUUUCUUCUUUUUUCAUUUCUUUUAUAUGUCUCUAUCAGGAGAAGGAUAGGUUUAAUAAAAGCAUUACACUCUGAGAUUACCAUUCUCUAACUUCCGGUGAAGGUGGGUUUGACAAACUUGUAGAAUCAUCCACAUACUAAUUAUAGGCCCCGAACUUUGAGAGAAAGAGGUAUUAACGAAAAGAAUAAUGUUACAUUGACCAAAUUUAAAAUUCAAAUGAUAUGACAGCUGACUUUAACUACUUUAUUUUAUGUCCUGU